GAAGAAAGAAGACUCAUCUCUUGAGGAGUUUGAACGUUUCCACCGAAGUUUUCCUCGAUGUCAUAUCAUUAAUGUGAAGCCUUGUUGUGUGAGCUUAUAGUUCAAUACCUAYAUAUUGUACAUAGACUGUUUUCCCGGCGAAAAUGGUAMGGGAAACGCGACAUCUUUGGGUAGGAAAUCUUCCGGAAAACAUUCGCGAAGAAGAAAUAGUGAAACACUUUACCAGGUAUGGAAGAGUCGAGAGCGUGAAAAUUUUACCGAAGAGAAGUUCGGAAGGCGGUCGGGCUUCUUUCGUUGAUUUCGUGGACAUACGUAGUGCUACUAAGGCACAUGAAUCUGUUAAUAGAAUUGGAGAUCGUGAAUUAAGAACAGAUUACAAUGAGCCUUCUAGUACAAAUCAGACUACUAUAACUACUCGGGUGCAUGAUCCGACAACAACUUCUCGGCCUGUGAGUGGGCCCCCACAGUCACCCCCAAGGGGGAGAAGAUAUGAUCGAAGGGGAGAGGGUUUGUCAGAAAGUCGAUAUGGCAGCCGUCCCUAUUCAUAUGAAGGUUACAGUGAUGAAGAAAGUACMCGUGAUAGAGGAAGUGCUGCAGGACGGUAYGGAACAGGAGGUCAAAAGGUUUAUUCCCGGAGUASUGAAGUCACAAGCAGYAGUGGAGGACAAAAGCAGGSAUCUGGAAAAUAUGAUAAUUACAACAGYCGAGAUGGUAGCCCAGAUAAUUCCAGUGAAAGUGAAAGUGACAGCAGUGAUGGUCARAGUCCAGGACAAUCUGGUAGCUCGUCAAGUGACAGUAGCAGUGAAGAAGAUAGUGAUGCCGAGAGUGGRUCACCUUCCUCACAAGUUUCAAAAAAUACCAAGACAUCUGCGUUGUGUGUGAAAAAUCUCUCAACCAGAUCAAGUGAUGGAAGUAUCAGGGAGGGAUUAUAUCAUGAAUUCAAAAAACAUGGAGAAGUCACUCGCAUUUACUUCCAAGGCACUGGAAGUAGUCGCUCUGCAAUUAUUUAUUUUAGAAGACCUGAUGAAUCUGAACGUGCCAUGGAAGUAUGUCAAGCAAAAAUGUUCCUUGGUGCAGAGAUGCAAAUACAAACWUACAAUGGACCCAUUGAAAAAGGUGAACGAUUUGAUGGUAAUGAUUACCCACCUCGUUACCGCUCAAGUGGAACWCAACAGUUCCUKGAUGAUGAGUUUGACCCAGGAUGCACCAGGACACUGUUUGUCGGCAACAUUGAGAARACAACAACAUAUGGUGACUUAAAGGAAGCAUUUGAACGCUUUGGAGAAGUAGUUGAUGUUGACAUCAAGAAACAGCCAGGAAACAACCCUUAUUCAUUUGUCCAGUUUGCUGAUCUUGGUAGUGCUAUCCAGGCAAGGCGUCGCAUGGACAGGGAAUUCAUUGGACGUAAUCGAGUCAAGGUUGGAUUUGGCAAAGUUGCACCAAUCAAUACUAUCUGGGUGGGUGGCGUUACUGCUAGUCUAAGUGAACAGCAACUGGACAGACACUUUGGUCGUUAUGGACGUGUUACUCGAGUAGUYAUCAAUCGCUCAACCAAUCAGGCAUUGGUAAGCUUUGACAGCGCAGAGACUGCUGGGAUAGCUCAAGCGCAGAUGAAAGGCAGAAGUCUGUUUGGYCGGCGAGUGAGGGUUGAGAUGGUCAGUCGUGACAGUCGUCAGCUUUUCUACGACAGUCUACAGCGYGUKGGACAGACAGACAGUAACAGCACCAGUAACCGACGCUAUGAUUCCUCUCCUCCUGAUCGAAUGCGAGGACAUGGAGGGGGGUCUGGGUACUAUGACUAUCGCCGAGGGGGCGGUCGCGGUGGCAUGRCRCGAGGGGGAAUGAGACGAGACGCCAGAGGAUACCGAUCAUGGCACCAACGCAAUGACUAUGACAAUUAUAAUUCCGAAGGUGGAGGGUACCACCACGAACCAAGAGGCCCAAGGGGACCCUAUGACGGGGGACGAGAAUUUGAAAGCGACGAUUAUGACCAGGAACUCAAGGACUAUAACUACAGACGUCAGCGGGAACGUGAAAGAGAACGAGAGCGAGAGGAUCGUCGUGAGAGGGCUCCUCGCGACCGCCACGAACCCGAGUAUAGUGACAAUGAACGGUACUAUCCUGAUAGGCAUGACCGCUGGCAAGGAGAGGAAAGCAGCUCGGGCUCUUACGAUGAAGAGCCACGCGAUCAUCGACAUAAGCACCAGGACUACGCGGACAAACRYAGCCGYAAUAACUACAGCGAGGAACGGGAUGGAGUAUCGUCUGAUAGCAAGUCAGAAACGAACGAGGAACGUCUUCGCAAGAARAARCGWGAAAAGAAGAAACGAAGACUAAAGAACUCUGCAGAAAGAGARGUUGAAGAAGACGAAGAAGAUGACCAGGCACCCAAGAAAAAGAAAAAGACCAAAGUUGAAGCGGAYUCGCGUAUUGARGAAGCUGUUCCUCCUCGAAAAGAUGGCGAAGAAWCGAAAGAGCGCGUGAAAGAACGAACUAAGAGAAAAAUUGAGGAAGAGCCACAACCCAAGGAACAACCACCUCCACCUGAAAAGAAAAAGAAAGAGAAAAAAGAAAAGAAAGAAAAGGAAAGGGAAAAAAGAAAGAAACGCGUUCGUACUCCAGUUGAAGAACCGACUGACCAACCGCGCGCCGAAGAAGAGACGAKUAACGGGCGAAGUGCCGAGGUCUCCGAUUCAAGAGAAUACACUACAACUCCCGUUAAAACGGAACCGGAAGUACCGAACCAUAAGCCGAAAAGUCCUGAAAACCAUAAAAGUGAUGGAGACGGGGAGGAAGCACAGUUAAGACGUGCCAAAGAGGAGAGACCUUCCAGAGAAGAAAGAGAUUACCCAAGAUCACCUGAAUCAAGCUCUCCGAGAGGGUCGUACCGUGACGAUAAGAGACGGGAAGGUAACGAGCUUAAGAACGGGAAGGCAGAAAGAAGGCAUAGGUCACACGAAGAAUCCCCACCACCUCCCCCACCGCCACCUCCUCCUCCACCACCUCCUGAAGAAGCCAUCCCUGUUGUAACAGAAAGCAGCAGACUUCCUACAGUUGACAACAGACCAAGCCAGUCACUCGUUCGUCCACCUUUCGAUACGGUUGGACCAUCCCCGGUACGGGACGACUACUCUCCGCAUAACAGAAACGCCGGUAAAUCUCCUGGGGAUGCAGUUUUAUCCGGUGUCAAGCAUCCACUUCCAGCCACCCCUCCCAUAGCUACAGCAUCUCCUGUAGGACAUCCCCCUGAAAUGGGUAUACCUAUUGCAACGCCGUCUCCAACCACAGCGCCCCCACCUCCACCUAUUCCAAACUACAACCAACCACCAGCAGUAAGCCAACCCGCUAAUGCUGACACCCUACUGGAGUUACUACGGCGGUAUCCUGUCGUCUGGCAAGGAAUGGUCGCCCUGAAGAACGAUUCAGCAGCCGUUCAGAUGCACUAUUUAUCCGGGAGUUCACGUCUUGCAGAGAUAUCGCUCCCGCAACCACCCAAUCCUCAGACCAUUCCUCCAUUACCACCUCCGCCRUUACGGAUCGCGCAGCGCAUGAGACUGGAACCGUCGCAGCUCGAGGGAGUCGUCAGACGAAUGCAGAGCGAAGAUGAGCACUGUCUACUGCUGGCUUUACCAUGUGGKAGGGAUCCACUAGAUGUACACACACAAACGCGCGCACUCAAAAAUGGCUUCAUCACCUACCUCCAACAGAAACAAGCAGCCGGAAUCAUCAAUGUUGCCAGACCUGGCAGUGCACAGCCGAGUUUCGUUCUCCAYAUUUUCCCGCCAUGUGACUUUGCUCAGGAGCAUCUAGCAAGAGUAUCCCCAGACCUUUUGGACAGUGCAGCGGACAGCGGCCAUCUCAUGGUCGUAGUGGCUUCGGUAUAAACGAAGAGUUUMCGAAUGUGGUACGACAGAAGAGACUGUCGUCCUUCUCUCGUUCAAUGCAAAAUUAGAGGCGAAAUUAUGAGUUUGAGAGGAUAAGAUACAGUCUAGAUAUUAUUAAAUAUUAUUAGUACUAGGUAUUAUUAGUAGGUUUUAUGGAACUUGUCGAGUAGUACUACUGCAAAUUUGGAAGACCCUUGAAGGGGACUCCUUGUAUAAAUUGGCGGGGAAGCUCGUUGCRUCAUUAGGAAAACGUAUCGAUUGUGGAACCGUUUGAUAGGAGGAAGUUUUGGUUUUUGUUCCAUAGAAAAUACUAAAUCUACGAAAUAUUAAAUCCAUUGAUUAAGGAUUCAUGGAUCGUUUUCAAAAGGUUGACGAGCAUCCAACUGUUUAAAUGAUCGAUUUUGUAGGAAAGACUAAAGUGCUUAGUAAUGUUAGUCUCGGUGUGGAUCGAUUUUUAGAAUAUUUUUAACUCCUAAGUUUAACUCCUAACCUUCACUUGUAGGAUAUUGCCUAAACUCCAUGUUAGCAAGAGAAAACAAUGGAAUUAAAGCCUACUGAAUGCCUUAUGCUUUGAAACAUUCAAAUCCAUGAAAAUAUUCUGCACUUAAUAUUUUGCUAAACGACGCUUUCCCGGGUAUUAAACUACAAAACGUUUCCAGAACUCAAUGCAAAUUACUCCUUUAUUUCUCUUCAUUCUCAUUUGCAUCGAGUUCUGCAGAUAUGAUGGCAUAUAAAGCAAGGAUAUUGUGUACUAAUCUUUGUGACUGAAAAGUUACCGAAACGUGACAAAUGUGCAUCCACACCUGUAGUUUUAUGAGUUUCUGUUCAGAAAUAGAAUGCUAAUAGUAACAAAAGUUAAUCGAUGUCGGUUGUCUCGCUCACGAGGAUUCCUGUUGUGAUAUGAGAUAAAAAACAACCGCGGUAGAGAUAAAAGAUCUGUAAUUAUAUAUUAUUUUGAUCUAUGAUAAUUGGAAAUGGUAGCAAACCGCGAUAUGAGAAAUUGUACAUCAAUAAAUCUUGUACAGACAUUGAA